AUGCCACCAAAAUCAUCCAAGGGAAAGCGCAAAGCCCCCCACCCUAAAUCUCAGCCAGAUGCGCCGCCUGAGCCCACGCAACCCGCACAAGCCCCGCCGGCACCGCCGCUGGCGGUGAGCACGGUGCGCUUUGCGGAUCUGCGCCCGCCGCUGUGCGCGGAAACCUUGGCAGUGCUGGGGCGCUUCGGGUUCGAGUUCGCGACGCCGGUACAGGCGGCGUGUGUGCCGCUGCUGUGCGGGAAUAAGGACGUGGCGGCGGAGGCCGUCACGGGCAGCGGAAAAACUCUAGCGUUUGUGCUGCCCGUGGCGGAGAUUCUUCGGCGAGUAGCGUCGUCGUUAAAGAAAUUCCAGCUGGGCGCGCUGAUCAUUUCCCCCACGCGCGAGCUGGCGGCGCAAAUACACGCGGUGGCGGAGCCCUUCCUCUCCGCCGCGCUGCCCAAUCUCCGCUGCAUGCUUCUAACGGGGGGACACGCGGUCGGCGUUGACGUGGCACGCAUCUCCGAGGACGGCGCGAAUGUGAUUAUAGGCACGCCGGGCAGGAUCGACGAUGUGCUGUCGCGGCCCAACUGCGGCCUCGAUUUAAGAGCGUUAGAGGUGCUGAUACUGGACGAGGCGGACCGCCUGCUGGACCUGGGCUUCGCGGCGUGCCUUGAGUCCAUCCUGCACCGCCUGCCACGUCAGCGCCGCACGGGGCUCUUCUCGGCCACGCAGACGUCCGCGCUGCAGGAGCUCGCGCUCGCGGGCAUGCGCAACCCCGUGCGCGUCGAGGUGCGCUCGCUCGCGCGCGCGGGCGCGGGGGGCGCGGCGGACGGAUCUGCUGGCGCUGGUGCUCCAGGCGCUGCUGCGCCAGGGGGGGGAAGCGCGCAGGGGAUGGGAGAAGGAGCAGGGGGAGCAGGGGGAGGGGCGGGGGAGGGCGGGGAUAGCGGGUAUGGGGCUGCGCUGGAGAAGGCUGGCGCAGUCAAGAUCCCCGUGGGGCUUCAAGUGCAGACUCUGUUGCUCUCGCCUCUCCCAGCUCUCCUUACCUGCUUCGCUUCAACCUUCUCCCUCCCGCUCGUUUCUUCCCAACCCUUCCUCUUGUCCUCUCUUUCUCCCCCCCCUUCCCCUCCCCUAUCCCCUUCCCCGCCAUACAUACCUCACCCCUCGACCAUCUGCCCCUCUCUCUCCUCCCCCCAGGCCAUAGUGUGUGAGGGUGCGCGCAGCAAGGCGAGUCAGCUGGUGCACUGGCUCAGCAAACACCCCGACCGCAAAGUCAUGCUCUUUCUCACCCCUCUCACCCCUCUCACCCGUCCUGCGGCAUCUCCUUCUUUCCUCUGCACGGCAAGCUCAAGCAGGCACGUGCCGAGAGAGGGGCAGGGGGCAUGUGAGGGGCAGGGGGCAUGUGAGGGGCAGGGGGCAUGUGAGGGGCAGGGGGCAUGUGAGGGGCAGGGGGCAUGUGAGGGGCAGGGGGCAUGUGAGGGGCAGGGGGCAUGUGAGGGGCAGGUGGCAUGUGAGGGGCAGGUGGCAUGUGAGGGGCAGGUGGCAUCUGAGGGGCAGGUGGCAUCUGAGGGGCAGGUGGCAUCUGAGGGGCAGGUGGCAUCUGAGGAGCAGGAACGUUUGAAGGUGGCCCUGCCACGCCUCUGCCGCUCUUUAACCAGUUGUACCCCCUCCAGUCCGGUCCGGCCCCCACUCCCCUUUUCCCCUCUCCCCCUCCCACUCCCCUUUUCCCCUCUCCCCCUCCCACUCCCCUUUUCCCCUCUCCCCCUCCCACUCCCCUUUUCCCCUCUCCCCCUCCCACUCCCCUUUUCCCCUCUCCCCCUCCCACUCCCCUUCCCCCUCCCCCACUUCCUUCCUCACCAGUCGAAGCGCGAUGCGGCCGUUGCAGCCUUCCGCAAGGCGGAGCGAGGAGUGCUAAUCUGCACGGACGUGGCGGCCAGGGGCCUUGACAUCCCCGGCGUGCAUUGCAUUCUGCAGUUCGACCCCCCUCAGGACCCCCGCGCGUUCGUGCACCGCGCAGGGCGCACGGCUCGCAUGGGCCGGGAGGGAUCUGCUCUUGUGUGGCUGCUGCCUAAGGACCCCCGCGCGUUUGUGCACCGUGCGGGGCGCACUGCCCGCAUGGGCCGGGAGGGAUCCGCCCUUGUCUGGCUGCUGCCUAAGGGCGCACCGCGCGCACGGGCUGCAAAGGGGUCUGCUCUUGUGUGGCUGCUGCCUAAGGAGGAUGCAUACCCGGAGUAUCUGCGGCUGCAAGGAGUGCCGGUGGUGCUGGAACCCCCCGCACCAGAUGUUGUCGAUGUCAUUCCGCAGCUGAGGGAAGCUUCGCGGAAGGAUCGUGCAGUGGUGGAGAAGGGUGUGCGGGCGUUUGUGUCGUUUGUGAGGGGCUACAAGGAGCACCACUGCAACUACAUCUUCAGGUUUCAGGAGCUGGAGAUGGGCGCAGUGGCCAUGUCGUACGGUGUGCUCAAGAUCCCGCGCAUGCCGGAAACCCGCCACCAUCCGCGCCUCUUCGACGGCUUCGAACCCGACAAGACUGUGGACGUGGCCACGCUCAAAUACAAGUGA